AUGCCGUUCGCAACGUCAGACGACUGUGAAAUCUACUACGAAACCCAAGGCUCAGCGAAACAAGCCUUCGUCUUCGUCCCGGGCUACAUGGGCAUCGCCGACAUCUGGGCCCCGCUGGUCGUCCCUCUUAGCACGCAAUACCACUGUAUCACUUACGACAACCGGGGCUAUGGCCGCUCCUCAAAACCGACUUCUCCUACAGACUUUAGCCUAACAAAAGUUGCGUCAGAUAUCACAUCGCUCCUCAACAGUCUACGGAUUCACGACCCAGUCCUGCUAGUCACGCAUUCGUUUGGUAGCCUCAUCGCGUCAGAGUUUUUCCACCAGCAUCCCGACCGCGUCAAGGGGAUAGUCUACACAGGCGCUGUAAUCGCCGGGAUGUUUGACGACCCAGAAGCAACGGUUCAUGCUCUUACGUACAAUGGCCACUUACCGUCCGCAGCUGCGCAAUUCUAUAUCAACCUAGGCCUCUCGCGCGACAUAGCGUUAGAGGCUGCGAAGUGGUCUUGCGCCGCUCGAAUGAGUUUCGCUCGCUCCAUGGUUAAUGCCUCAUUAGGAGGGAGAUGGAGUGAUAUCGUCGUCCCUACGCUCGUUGUCCAGGGAGAAGAGGAUAAUAUUACACCUUCUGAAGUGGCCCAGAAGCUUCAUGCUUUACUGCCACAGUCCCGGCUUGAGCUAUUGAAGGGUGUGAAGCAUUUCCCGUCGACAGAGUCGCCAGAGAGACUGGGCCGUCUAAUUGAAGAAUUUGGUGAUUCUCUCUUCAAGUAG